CCUAGGACGUUGUCCGAGCACAGGAAGUAGAGCUAUCAGCUGAUCCCGCUGGCUGUUGUUGAUGUCUGAAGUUGCUGUUGUCGCUGCGUCUCUCUCGUCGGCCCCUCGACAUUAACGGACUCGGUGACAAGCUGAGGAACGGACACGGCAGCGGCCAUUUACCGGGCAAAGGGACGCGUCACGUCGCGUGGAGGUCUGAACGUGCGUCCCCGGCGGGCAGCAGCGGAGCUAGCUCCUGAGCUGAAGGGAGAAAAACAGCAGCGACAGCCCACGGCGUCUCUUUGUUUCAAUCCCAAGCAGGAUAAUAACUUUCUCUCGCUUCACUCAAGUAUUUCUGUUUGCAUUUCCGUUAUUUAUAUUUAUAGUUAUAAUUAAUAACCGGGACACCGUCAGGGGCAGCUAAUUGGUUUGCUAACGUUAGCUUGCAGUGCAGAUUUAAGACAUUUUUAGAUUUUUUUUCCCCCCUUUCGUAAUCGCCCGACAUUCACAGAUACGAAUCAUAACGGCUGUAUUGGAAAGGGAAUAAUCAUCAGAGUUGAUAUGUGUUUAUUUUUCACUGUGCCAUCUGUUGUCCCGCUCCUGAACAAGUUGAACUGAUCUCUGCUCUGCAGCGUGUGUCAGGUUGUCUUUAUUGAUUUUUAGAGUUCAUAAACAAACUGUUGGUUGACUGACAGCUUCGUCUUGUGUGUUUUAGGUUUGCUGGCAGGUUGCGUCAUUUGUUUAUCCGCAAGCUGUCAGUCCGUGCUGGAUAUUUUUGCUAUUUUUAUGUUUUAAACAGUUUUUUCGUAGGUAGAAAAAUCUUAAACACUUUUAUACCUCUUCUUUGGAGCUGAUUUACAACCCAGGACAAAUAUCAUGAGAUAAGGAACAACCCGCUUUGAUGCUCAUGAAUUUGGCAGCUUUGAACUAAGAAAGUUCAUCGUUAUGAUUUAAAAUAGGACGCUGAACGUGCAUUGGGAAGUCGCUGUGAUCAGGGAGAGCCAGCAGAAACAGAGACAGGGUCCCACAGAGUCUUGAGGUGAGGUGAGCUGCCCCCACACUACUUGCCAAUGCUGGAUCUGGAGGUGGUACCUGAGAGAUCACUAGGAAAUGAGCAAUGGGAAUUCGCCUUAGGGAUGCCAUUUUCCCAGGCCAUCUCUAUCCUCCAGAAACACUGCCGUGUAAUCAAAAAUGUCCAGGUGCUAUACAGCGAACAGACACCGCUCAGCCACGACCUCAUACUGAACCUGACUCAGGAUGGGAUUAAACUGCUGUUUGACGCCACAAAUCAGAGACUCAAGGUGAUUGAAGUGUACGACCUGAGCAAAGUCAAGUUGAAGUACUGUGGAGUCCAUUUCAACUCUCAGGCCAUCACCCCCACAAUAGAGCAAAUAGACCAGUCAUUUGGAGCGACUCACCCUGGAGUUUAUAAUGCUGCAGAGCAAUUGUUCCAUCUCAACUUUCGAGGACUUUCCUUCUCCUUUCAACUGGAUUCGUGGAAUGAAGCUCCAAAAUACGAGAUUCCACAUGGAGCCAUGGUCAAGAGGAUGCACAUCUACACUGGCAACAACCUCCAAGAAACAAAAGCUCCUGCGAUGCCGUUGGCUUGUUUUAUGGGCAACAUCUUUGCAGAGGGUGUCGACGUCCUGAGGGAUGGGGCGGGUCCUCUGGGGCUCAAGCUCCGCCUUCUCACAGCAGGUUCUGGACUCGGUGUGAUGGCUGAUGCUAAGGUCCGGUAUGUGGAGAGGAGCAUCUUCUUUGGAGACUCCUGUCAGGACGUUCUGGGCACUUUGGGCUCGCCGCAUAAAGUCUUCUACAAAUCUGAGGAUAAGAUGAAGAUCCAUUCUCCGUCUCCUCACAAGCAGGUUCCCUCUAAAUGUAACGACUACUUCUUCAACUACUUCACCCUCGGAGUGGACAUCCUGUUUGACUCGACGACCCACCUGGUUAAGAAGUUCGUCCUCCAUACGAACUUCCCUGGGCAUUACAACUUUAAUAUAUACCAUCGAUGUGACUUUAAGAUCCCGCUAGUCAUCAAAAAAGAAGGAGCAGACUCUCAGACGGAGGACUGCAUCUUAACCACCUACAGCAAGUGGGAUCAGAUUCAGGAGCUUCUGGGUCAUCCGAUGGAAAAACCCGUCGUCCUUCACAGGUCUUCAUCAGCCAACAACACAAACCCGUUCGGUUCCACUUUCUGCUUCGGACUGCAGAGGAUGAUUUUUGAGGUGAUGCAGAACAACCACAUAGCAUCAGUCACCCUGUAUGGAGCUCCCAGGACCACCAGUCAAGCCCGACCCGAGUCCAGCGCUAGUUCCCACUGAACCAGAACCACGCCCAUUCUGGCCGACCCAAACAACAGUUCUUUUGCUGACUGAAUUGGAACCGAAACCAGAUUUUUUUUUCCUUUUUUUUUUUUUACCUGAGCAGGCCUAACAGAUUCACUACAACCUGGCUCAGGUGCUUCAGAUUGAACAAGUCGACAUUGAAACCAGACCUGCUGCCUCCUGUUUGGUACCAGCAUCCGGUGUUCUGUUGGUACCAAACACGCCCCGUCCUGCAGGGAUGCUGCGAGAGCAGCUCGCAUGCUUCGAAAAGAAAGCUGUAAAAUCUGCAUCCUGUAAACCUCAGAGACCGUUCUGCUGCCUGUACAGUAAGAGAAGCUUCAUGCCAUCGUGACGUGACGCAUUCGGGUUCAUCAACGCUGCAGGAAAACAUAAAACUAAUAAAACUACAUCCGCCAACCACACUGCCAUCCCGGUCAGUCCCGCUCGUCUUCUUGCUUCAAGACCGCUCCAAACUGGGUCCAGUCAAACCCUUCCAGUCCUGCACCAUGAGCCCAAACAUACUUCAAGCUAAGCGUCCAUUUCUGUUUUAAAUCACAAGACCCAGCCUGACGCGAUCCAAACAUCUCCAUCUUCCCUCACCAAACACUUCCUGAGUCCGUUUGCAGCCGUUUCCCGUCACCAAUCAGAGCGAUCAUCUCAUUUCUACAGACUUCACUUCCCACCAUUUCAACCCCGACUGUCACUCGUUUCUGAUGAACGGCGGCCGGUCCAGAUGGUUAAAGCUCAACCUGCAAGACUCUGAACGAGAAGCGAUCUCCAAAGAGCACAACAGGAAGCGCCCUCGCUUCGUUUGGUUGAUUAAAGCUACAGCAUGUCACUUUUAUUAAAAACUUUUUUUUUUUACAUAUUUAUUAAAAUUAUCAUUAGGUUGUGACAGUACAAUAUAAGACAGAUAAUCUGUGAAAAACUUGACCUUCUCUGCCUUCUGUCACCUGAACACACAACUCCAUGAGAAACAACCAAUCAGAGGCAGGAGGAGGGUCUUACCGCUGCCAAUCACCUCACAUCCUCUGCUUGUUCUCUGCUAGCCUGCCACAAAUGCUUUAGGUAGUUAGCAUAGCCACAGAUAAUGGCAGAUAAAUGGAUUUCCUUGAAUGGUAAGUUGUUAACGCGUGUACACAACGUUGAUCAACAGCGCUAAGACCCUCCUCCUGACUCUGAUUGGUUGUAUUUUUAGAUGGCAAUAGUUGCAUUGGGAGGAGUUGGAGGAGCUUGAUCUUUUCACAGAUUAUCUGUCUCAUAUUAAACUGCUCCAACAUGGUGACAGUUUUAAUUAUUAUGUUUAAAAACCAACAUACUUUUGUAAAAGUUAAAUACUGCAGCUUUACCAACCUUCCUGCAUGUUCUGUCUGAGCGUCCAAAGCCCAUUUCUCCCUCACCAUGACAACCAUUUCCAUUAUGUAAUAAUAAUAAUUUAUUGUGAUUCCUUUUUUUGUUUUUAACAUUUGCACUAAUAGACACAUUUUUACUUGAUUGUGCCCCAUCCUUUGAGAUGGAUAUGUAUUGAAGAGUAGGAGGGAUGUGUGUGUGGGUGUGUGUGUUGGUGCAGAUGAGCGGCGGCGCGUCCGCCAUCGCGUUCUGUACGACAACGUUUCGUCUUUCUUCAGUGCUUUCUUCCGUUCUGCUUCUGAUCCAUCUGCUGUUAUCUCUGUUUAGUUGCCAAAUGCUAAAGCCAAAGACCUUUUAGGAAGUCUUCAUUUGAUCGGUGUGUUUUCUUGUCUUGCAGAGUCUCAAAUAUUCCUAACUCCAUCUUAAUUUGAAGACGUGGUACAGCUUUUAAUCCGUGUUUCAGUAAUAAUCCAACAUGAUCAGCCGACUCAGCUCAUCCGUUCUGGAUAAGACGCAUCGUGUUUACCGUCAGCUCGUAUCGUGGUCGACGUCCUCAGUGAACUGUGACGUAGAGAACAGCCGUCAUUUCUGUGGUUGUAAACCCGACUUUUGUUUUGGAAAUGGUGAACAGCAUCAGUCAUUUCUUUCUCCCAGAGUGUAAAUUUACCUUGUUUUUAAUUACAAACUAAUUAAUAAACUGUGCAUUCAUUUUAAUAGACAAAUUCUCUCAUUGUUCCUUGAUGCAAAUGUUUUUUUGUUUUGCCGCCUUUACAAAAUAUUCGGUGUAAGUACUGUGCCUUUAAAAGAAUAAUCUACUACCCUUGGAUUUUUCCACAUUUUGUCAAAGUUCAAGCACAAACUUUACUGUUCCUGUACACAAACUGCUAUUCUUUGUUUAAACAACGUCUGUGAAUAUAAGUUUUAAAAUCUUGCCACAGAUCUAUUAGAUUUAGACCUGAACUUUGACUGGUCCAUUCUAACACAUGAAUAUGCUUUGAUCCAAAGCAAGGAUCUCAAAAACAGCUGCGUUUCCAUUACAAAUGUGCACAAAACUUUGAUAGUCCGCUAAUGGAAAACUCUAUUACACAAUUGCGAUGUUUUCAUUAAAUAAGAAACUCAAUUAAAGUCACACGUGAUUAAGUUUGUACAGGCUAUAAGUAAUUAAAGACAGAUGAAGCCUCAUCAUCCUCCUACCACUUCCUGUCGUCCUCUUCGUCUUUUCCGCCUGUAGUAACAUCCGGUCGUUGAUCAGAUGACUCGUGUGCCGUUUCUAUGACAUGCACUAAUUUCGAUAGAGCCAAAAAAAACACCUCAUCGUAUUACGAAAACUUUGUAAUUGACGCGUUUCCAUUAAGCAAAUUUAUUUUCAUAAUUCUAAUUAAUAUAAACGUCGUACUGCACACCUGAAUCAAAUAGCUAAAUUAGCUUCACAGCAUCCAAUCAAAUUCUACAAAGUCCACAAAUUAGCUGAUCAUUUGAUUCAGGUGCGUUGAAGGAGAGGCCAAUCUGAAAUGUGCCGGAUUUUGACUCUCAAACUGUAGAUUAUAGAUUAUAUUAUAUAUUUUUUUGUUAGUGUUUAGUCAACUCCUUACUGCUGUUGAUUUUAUUUAAGGAAUUUACUGGAAAGGGAGAAUAUUUAAAAUGCAUUUCAUUUGGAAAAAUGUUGAUAAUCAUGCAUCUAUUUUUCCCACUUAUUUUAUCACAUCAUAUUCAGCCAAAUAAAAUGAUAGAAGUUUGAUUUUUGUACUGAGACAAAAUGUGGAACAGAUCAAGUGGUAUUUAUUAGACGCUGUAGGCAGAGCCAUUACACAAACAAAACGUAUUCUAGAAUUGUUUUUAUUUGUGAUUUUUUCCUUUGAAGGAUCCCAAACUAGCUUGUUUCUUUUUUUUUCACACUUUUAUAAUGUGAGAGCCAUUAAAUGCAUGUUUUUCUUUUCAGGCAGCAGUGAAUUUCCAAAUAGGCUGUUUAAAGUAGCAAGAAAUGUUUUCAGUGCAGAGAAACUCAUUUUAGUGUUUAGAUUUCUAACCAAUAAAUGCUUUUUAGUGUUUCUCAAAAGAAAAGUUGUUGUGGAGUCCAUGCGAAGCUGUAUAGACGCUGUAAAUAGCUCUUCAUGGCAUUCUUUGUUAUGACUUGGUUUCUUCUCUUCUAUGUUGUGAAGAAAGUUGAUCAGAAAAGAGUUUCUGCUCUCGGCUGAUUCAGUCAGCCGGUCAGCGUUGGUAUUUCUAGUGGACGAUGGAGGGCUGCCAGUAAACGGAAGUCUCUGUGAAGCACAUAAACUCUUCAUUUACACGUCAUUCUCUGCUGGACAAAGUUUGAUAUUUGUCUGAUUUCACUGCAUGGUGCAGCCCCCCUCUGGAUGACGGGGUGAGCCUGGAUGUUCAGGUUCUCACUUUCUUCAGCUUUGACAAACCUUUUGGGUUUUGAAGACCCACUUCCAACAUAUCUCUUUGGGGUUCUGUUAGGUUUCCCAAUAUUUAAAGUUGAACUGAUCUCUGCUUUGGUAUGUUUUCUGGUGAAAACUGUCCUACAAGUCAAACAUUUUCCCAAAACUCGCUUUGGUGGAAGAAAAUGUAUUUUAAAAAAA